AUCCAGUUUCGGGAUAUCGGUACCGUUGACGAUAUCUACGCGUGGCUGACAGAUACGCUGAUUCCGACUGUAUUCGUCACGACCGAUCAGAGCGGAGGUCUUUUCCCGGAAGGUCAACGCGGUCGAAUUGGCCUCUUCAACCAAGUGCUGGGCGGUGUGCUUCUCAAAAUGAAACCCCGAUCCUUUACCGAUUGUCCCGAAUCCAAGUCGUACGUGGAUGUCUACCCGAAUUGCACGGAUUUUGACGGGGGUGCACAAGUUUCGAGCACUUACCUUCCCAUUGGCUUGACUAGCUCGGAAGCCUCUGAACUAGUUGCAGAUCUCACGACAAGCGGCACCUGGGUGAAUUUUGACACACUGCAGUUGGGGGUUAAAGUUGUCACCUAUAACGCCGAGGGUGAUACGGGAAGUGGUGGUUUCACUGUAACCAAACUCGACGUGAGCUUUGCGGAGUCAGGCCCCGAAGCCCUUGAGCUUAAGGCGUCUAUUACUUCAGUCCCAGACUUUCGAGGUACCCGCCGAUGGGUCACACCCGAUGAUAGCGAGAUGUCAAGCCGACGUAUGAAGAUGAACAAGACCCGCCAGGUUUUACGCCUUAUCGGUGAAUUCGUCCUCAAGUUUGGGGCGCUUCCUGCCUUUGCCACUCUCUGGACGGUGACGAUUUCGUUGGAUUUCGACAAAAAGCUGCUGAGACUUCCGGAGGUCUACGGCAAAACGCUCGACCAAAAGGAGAGCGACACGAUCGCAGUCAUCCAAGCCCUGGAUCAGGUAGAAGCCUGGACGAACGCACUCAGCAUCGUCGGAGCUAUCGCAGUGCUGCAACUCGGACUCUACACCAUCCGCCAGCUGAGUUUCCACCCGCAGCUCAACGUGUUCGCUCGCACGGUUGGCAAUUCGCUGCGUCAAUUCCGCGACUUCUUUCUCGUCUUCAUCAUCAUCUUCAUCACCUUCUCCUUCAUGGGGAACCUCCUGUUCGGCGACCGCGUUAGCGAGUUCUCCACCGCCGCAUUGUCGCGCGAGUCCUGCAUGAACAUGAUCUUCGGGACAUUCGAGUUCAGCACCAUUUACAACAUCCGCGGCUCCGGGUGGUUCUACUGGGGCUACAUGAUCAUCGUGAGCCUUAUUCUCCUCAACAUGAUGCUGGCCAUAGUGAUGGGGACCUACAAGGGCAUGAGCAAGGACGGCUACCAGGGAGAGAUCAACGUGAUGCUCGCGUCCAGAAUC